GGGCGGAGGAGCUCCGGAGCAGUAGUCAGGGCUGGUGCGUGCGAAGCUCUUGGGCCCACCGCAGAGAAAGCGGCGCCAAGGCAGCUUUGCCUGUGGCUUAGGUGGGCCUGGGGUACUCCCACCGCCUUCCCCCACGGGUGAAAAGACAGCGAGUUCCUGGUGACAGCCCAAGGGCACGCUCCCGGGAUACCAAAUCGCGAGGUGUGCAGGACGCGGAGGCACCUAGCAGCAGACAACCCUGUUUCUCCCUCUCUGGACACACGCCUUUACCCUUUAUGAAACUCAAGAGAGAGCAUAAAACAUGACAACAGCAGCCAGGCCGACUUUUGAACCUGCAAGAGGUGGAAGAGGAAAAGGAGAAGGUGAUUUGAGCCAACUCUCAAAGCAGUAUUCAAGCAGAGAUCUUCCCUCUCAUACAAAGAUAAAAUACAGACAAACUACUCAGGAUGCCCCUGAAGAGGUUCGUAACCGGGACUUCAGGAGGGAGUUGGAAGAAAGAGAGAGAGCUGCUGCACGAGAAAAAAAUAGAGAUCGUCCAACCCGAGAACAUACAACCUCCUCUUCAGUGUCAAAGAAGCCUCGGCUAGAUCAGAUUCCUGCUGCCAACCUCGAUGCAGAUGAUCCUCUAACAGAUGAGGAAGAUGAAGAUUUUGAAGAGGAGAGUGAUGAUGAUGAUACUGCAGCUCUCCUUGCAGAACUAGAAAAAAUUAAAAAAGAAAGAGCAGAAGAGCAGGCCAGGAAGGAACAAGAACAAAAAGCUGAAGAAGAGAGAAUUCGUAUGGAGAACAUUCUGAGUGGAAACCCUCUUCUUAAUCUCACUGGCCCUUCCCAGCCUCAGGCCAACUUCAAAGUUAAAAGAAGGUGGGACGACGAUGUUGUGUUCAAGAACUGCGCAAAAGGUGUAGAUGAUCAAAAGAAAGACAAAAGAUUUGUAAACGAUACACUGCGAUCUGAAUUUCACAAAAAAUUCAUGGAGAAAUAUAUUAAGUAGUACAGUUUUAUGUGCUUAAUUAAAGACUGUAAAAUGUUAAGGAUCAUUUUGAUGUUUUUUUUUUUUUCCUUUUCCGCCGUCUAAAUGGUAUAUAAUAGACUUCCCUAAUUUUAAGUUCCAAAGUAUCUUUUCCUUUAUUGAGACCUUAUUGAUAAUGGACUUGGAAAUAGGUUUAACUCCAUUUCUAUUCUCUGAAUGUUUUCAAUCAUGUUUGGUUUUUUUUUUUAAUAUGGGAAAAAAGAACCUGCUUGUAAUAAAUGAUUUUAAUCUAAAUAACUGAA